GUCACAUUAUUGUUUUUGACAUGGCGGAUAAUCAAACCUGGAGUGUAGUAACAUGUGAAUCUUUGGAAUUCAUCAGACGAACGGACGUCUGAAGACACACAGAUAUCAGAAAAACAUCUUUACUAUACAUCUAGCCAUCUAAAGGAGAUUCUAUCAAUCAAAAAACAUGGAGUGGCAUAUUAUGAAUGUGGACGGGCUGAACAGCCUGUCCAGUAACCUGGGAAUGAUGGAGGACGGAGUCUACGUUCCUUCCUGUAACAGUCAAGCAAUAUUAGAAGAGUGCGUGGAGUUCUUGACGACAGACAGCAGUGAGAAGACAUACAGACGACUGUUAUUUAACAAUAGAUUCCCAGAGAAGGAGCUGCUGCCACUGAUUAUGUACAUCAAGGAUGACCACACCAACCUACAGGAAGCUCUGAGAUUGAUGAUCUUACUUACAAAUCCUGUCGAGUAUGACUCGGAGAUAAGUGAGAGGACGAAACCUUCUUGGACUACUGAACUGGAGAACUCCAUCAAACAGACUGUGGACAAAUCAUUUUGUAAAGCAUUCCUCCUUCCUGUCUUAGGCGAAGUGAAACUCCUUCUCGAGGAGAGUGGUCCAUACAGCCUGACAGAAGAUACAGUCCUAGCUAUAAACAACUGUAUUUUUAUGAUUCGUAACCUUCUGUACAUGGUAGACUUCAAUCCGGACAACCCGACCGUGAUCCAGCACAUCGAACGGGUUAAACUCUUGUUGGACUGUGGAUUCGAAGAAGUUCUCAUUUCUCUACUACAAAAGAAAGAAAUGAGCAAGUGGACAAAUGGUAUUAUGCAGACCAGCUGGCUGAUAUAUAAAGGGAAGAUCAAUAUGCUGUUUUCAAACCUGAUUGAAAAAACGCACUGGAAGCCAAUGCUAGAAUGUACACCUGUUGAGUGUGGCCGGAUAUCGGACCUAGACACGAAUGGGUUCAGCGACAUCUUUAGCAACACAUGUAACAUCCUUGAUGGCAAUGAUCAAAGUAGACAGCUUCACGACCUGGAUCUGUUUCUCCCUAGUCAUGAGUCAAACAAUCUUCUAAAUAUCACGGCGGCUAUGUCACUGUGGACAUCCAAAGGUGUACCAGAAUUCAGAAACCAACUGACAUUAUUCACUACGCGGAUUUUGGAAGGCGGUUUCAUGGCAGUCAUUGCUAACAUACUGGAGAAGUUGAAGUCUAAAGAUAUUGUGCUGGAUGAAGCGUAUCUAUUCUGGGAGUUGGCGUUGUUCAUGAAAUUUGCGAAAACAAGAAACUUGCCUGUAAAAGCAGUAAAACAAGUUUUGACAGAAGAUAUGCUUGGAUACCUUACCUAUCAAUGCUUCAUCCGAGCUGAGGACAUCUUUGUGUACCGCAAUUCACAGAAGAAAGAGCCACAAAAAUUACAUUUAGCGCUUUCUGCACUGAAGGAGAUUCUUGAGUUCCUGUUUAAAGUCCAAGGAGACGAUUCAGAAAAUCAGGAUGAGGAGGAGAAACAGCACAUCAGUCUCCUCAACAAGAAACUAGCUGCUAUAGCAGAUCUGCCCCAGCUGAUGGUGUACAUGAUCCGUCACUGCUCCGUAGAGUUGUUUGGGAUGGUUUUCUUGGAAGAUUUGGUGUUUACCAACCAUAUUCUCAUGCUACAUCUCGAAAACUGGAUGAAGAACGGACUCUGCAAUAGGUCCUUCAGCAUGUUAUCUCAUGUCAAACAUUAUGCCACCUUUGGUGUUAUGGAGAAGUACGGUAUGAUACUGGAACAUUUUCUCAACAACUCCCCCGAGCUCAACAAUUGUAUAUUAACCAUGAUGCACCAUGUGGCAGGUGACUGUGGUUGCCCGAAUGUUCUCUUACAGAAGUCCAUCAUCGACACGUUUCUGGAGAUAAAUGACAGAGAGCUAUAUGUAUCUGAUGAAGUCGAUGAUCUGAUUGAAUUCAUCAUCAGCAAGUUCAUUACUAUGGCAGAAGAUGACCCCUACCAAUGUGCUGUAAAUAUGUUCACCAGGACUGCUGGCGGCGACAGUGUAACUCAUGAUCCAGAUGUGACAUCUUCAAAAGAAAAUGAAACAACAGAAAUGGAGUGGACGUCCGAGGAUAGUGACAUCCUCAUCAUGGUGUACAUGGAGACUGAAGAUAAGACCAAGAUAGUUGAUGACAUCUUCCAUCACUUCCAAGAGAUAGGCAUGGCAAAAUCCAGGGAACAGAUAGUAUGCCAGUUGGUCGACAGUGAAUGGAUGGAGGAGGAAGAGAAGGUCCAAAUCCUUUCUGCCUAUCCAGACUACAAACUUGAACGCUCAACGACACCUGUUGCUAUAAACCAGCCAGAUUUUACCAGCUGUGGGAAGAAACGUAAAUAUGAUGAGGAAAAAGACUUGAUCAUGAGUUGUAUUCGGAGUGUUCAGGAAUCGGGCUGUAGUGAUGCUAUCUCUUGGCUCAAAGGUCACCUGUGUGAAGCAGCUUUUGCUAAAAUCAAUCCAGACUUUCUUACCAUGGAGGCAGUAGAGGAGCCCAUAACUAAAUUUCAUGUCUUACGCAAUAAGUCCAUUCCAAUUGUGUGUUUUACGGAGAAACAAGACAGUUACCUCAGUGACGAAAUAUUCUGUACCCUCCUGGAGAACCUGGGGAUCCAAAUGCCAGAGGAUGUUGUGCACCAGCACCCUCGAAUUCCUCACUUUUGGAGUCCCAAACAUUUGCUUAAUAUUGCAGAAAAGUUAGGACCUUUGGAGGAAGAUUCUCUAAAGUUUAACAAGGAGUUUAUAAGUAAACUUCAAGAUGAUGAAUAUAACCUGACGGAAGCCGACAAAUUCAUCCUUAGAAAAAGUCCCAAGAGAAGCGACAAAGACAGUUGCAGUUUCAAGUUCAUGCCAAAAGUCAACGGACUGAUAUGGACAGACCUUAUCCAAAACUUCAACAAGACAUGACGAUUCUAUCGAGAACUCGCUGUUGUGUGAGCCUUUCUGAUGGGGUACAAAGUACAAAAAAGUGUCGAGAAUCAGAACAAAACAAAACAAAAAACACUGAUAGUGUAUUUUUUUCCUGGAAUUUGUUUCACCAUCUACAAAAUGUUGUGAACCAAUUUCUGCAGAUCGCAGCUUGUACAUAUAAUACUAACAGUACGAUACUACAAGAUCAACAAUUUGAAGGUUUUUUUAUUCAGUUGUGAGUCACCCUAUCUACAGUCAACCAUAAAAAGGUUCGAAUCUCUGAAGUGUGACAAAUGUGUAUUUAUACAGAGUAUGACUGCAACCUUGAAGUUUUGUGUACUUGACCGUGGAACUGUUUGUACUAGUUGGCAAGUGUUUGUGGUGAUACUAAGCCCAUGCCUAGUAAUAAGCCCAAUAAAAAAUAUAUUGGUGUUCAGAAAAAAUAAUUAUAUAUUAUUUUCAUUGUCCUGUGACUUUGAGUCAGAGGCUAUGUGUGGACUCUCUGGAAUUGUUGAAUUCAGAUGGAAAUUGGUAGUAGCCAAAAUAUGACUGCUUUAAACCAGAGAUUUUUAAUCAAGAUUCAUAGGAAUAUAUUUCUUAAAAAUAAGAAUAUAUUUGCUAAAAAUCAGUAAGUUGACAUACAUGUCUAGCUUCUUAUUUAAAACUUAAGUUACCAUCUCAUAUUAAAUACUCAUAAUAAAUAUAAUACAAUGUAUCAUUGAAUUUGUUUCAUAAAUUCCUUGUUGCAUUUACUAGGGGAUUCUGUCUGUAUGUAUCAAAUGAUUUAUACUUUUGGAUAAAAAACAAACAUUUAAUUUAAGGUAAUUGUGUUUAAACUCUUUUCACCUUUUUUACUACAGUCAAACUUCAUUCUCACUCGAACUCUUAUGAUUCAAAAACUCUGCUAACCUGAACGUAAAAAUUCAGUUUUGACAGUGAAAAUCCUGUGUAAAAUAAACCUGGUUACCUUGAAUACUCGGAUAAGUUUUUUAUGUCCCAAAUGACUUUGUGAUGGCAAAUUUUGACUGAAUUUGAAAGAAAUAUUGAUAUGAUGUUUUUUAUUAUUUGUUAUGAUAGUGUUUUGACAUGCUCUGUAGUUUUAUGGUAUUGAUGACAUAGGGAUAUAACAUUCAGAACAAACUAGUAUUGGUCAAGAAUGAUGAAAUUAUCUUUAUUUUUAUUUGCCACUGAGAAAAGAGGUGAAUUUCAUUUGAAACAUUGGUCAGAUUCUUGUGGUCAUACUUAAUAAGUGCCUGUUAUUGAGAAAUCAUGUCUCACUAAUAUCAAGGAUAUUCAAAAUGAAUGUUUGAUAUACAUGUAAUUAACAUGCAUUAGAAUAACAUAUCAAAAUGUUCACCCUUCAUGUAUAACCAAACUACUGCUUUGUCCCCAUGUAAUAUAUCGCAUUGUUACGAAAUCACACAUUUCCAUCACCAAAGAUGUCCCACCAGUGGUUUGGAGUUGUUGUACUAAUGUUAUGGUGACAUGAUUGUUGAUGUAUGGUCCAUUUGCUUAUUCUUAAAGUUUGGUAUAGUUAUAAAAAAAAAAGACAACAAAAAAAACUGUCAGAGCAAGCAAAGUUUCAUUGCUAUGAAAAUAGAAAAAAAAACUGUGUAAGCAAAGUCUCAUUGCUAUGGGUAUAUAUUUAUAAAUUAUAUAUUUUAACUCUGGGUUGGGGUGUAGGGUGGGGUGGGGUUGGGGAUAUUGAUGUUCAGUCUUUCAUGUUGUUAAGAUGGUAUUCGUAUUGGAAUAUUUAUCUUGUUUUUGUCUGCAGACAUUGUCCCUGUGUAGAUAUAUACCUCAUUUAGUAUGAUAAUGUUAUAAUUUAUGUCUUUGUACAUAUCCUUUGACAGGAUUACACUUGGCCCAGGAAAUUCUCAAUUUGGCCGGCAAGUGUGCAGACAAAGAAAUAGAUCUGGAUUAAGAGAAAUAUCCUUUUGUGUCCGAUACGGGGCAUCAAUCUCAUAUUGAUAAUGAAUCAUGAUGUGAACCCAUUUUAGGAAAUGAUUACUCCUUCGGGUAAUAAAAGCCAAAAUUGCUGUUUUAAGGAAUUUUUAAAAUUUGGAUUUUGUAGUAUUGAUAUAUCUUGCAUUGAUAGAGGUGACGAGUCAUCAAGUCAGUAGAUGUCGGUCUUUUUAACUCAGCUUUUUGACAGAUCUGCAGAAAUGCCGAUCCUGUAAACUGACAAAGGCACUGGCAUGCCUGUUUGUUACAUAUACAUGAUUUUGUUGUGUAUUAAAUUUAUUCACAGUAUUUUGCAGGUUUCGCAAUAACAACAGAAAGAUCAUAAGAUAAUUUUCGUGAUAUUUUGUGAGAUUAGUUUUUAAUAUAAAUGAUACUAUGUCAGUUGCUUUACAUAGACUUGUAUAUCAGGAUUUUGUGUUAGAACGUUGGUCGUACUUCAUGUAAGGUAUUGCUUUAGGUGCUGCCAACUAUAGUCUGUCACAUUUAACUUGUUUUCAUAUGUAGCAAAAGUUCUGACCAAAUGUUACUGUGUUUUAAUUAUAUAAGAUUGCUAUAUAUCUUAUAUCCAUUUUUAAAAUCUGUUUUGAACUUACCACUCAAAACUUUUAUUAUAUUAUACCUUGAUAAUUAAAAGACUUCGUUUAUUAAUGUUCAAGGGGCCGCAGUGGUCCAGUGGUUAAGGUGUCCCGACACUUAAACACUAGCCCUCCACCUCUGGGUUGCGAGUUCGAAACCUACGUGGGGCAGUUGCCAGGUACUGACCGUAGGCCAGUAGUUUUUCUCCGGGUACUCCAGCUUUCCUCCACCUCCAAAACCUGGCACGUCCUUAAAUGACCCUGGCUGUUAAUAGGGCGUUUAACAAAAACAAACCAAACAAAUCAAUUAUUAAUGUUCAGGAGACCUUUCUGAACACUUACUGUUUUCUUAAAAGUUCAUCUGAAUUGCCAGAUAGCAACUACAGAGAACCACAGGUCUCAACUUGCUACCAUAGGCCACUAGACAUCCACAGGUCUCAACAUUAAUUAUACAUGUACUAAAUUUCAUAUAAAUGUAUCCAAAACCUCUUAAUAAAUUUCCAUCUUGAAAUUUUACUUAUCUAGGAAAUCACAAUUAUUACUUACUUUUGUCUAAAGAGUUAGAUAUGUCAUGGCAAGGUGUACUCCUAUAACAUAAGAGGCCGCUGGUCGGCUCUUUUUCUAUCGGAUAUUAUUUUGCCGACUGCGACGCCUGUCAAAAGUAUCUAGCCGUGUAAAACCUCUAACAUUGUUGGAGUAGGCAAGGUGUUUCUCGUCAGUUUCUUGUCCAUGAAGUUUUUUCAUUAAGAGACCUUUUCUUCAGAACAUAUGGCUAUAUAUGUAUACCAGUCUUUAGGUUCCUGGGAUGAAGUCAGAACAAAAUGUCAUCUUUGAUCAUUAUUCAAGAACACAUUGGUCACAGCAGGCAAUGAAUCAUUGUACUUAAUGAAGUGUAACAAAUGCUUGUAAAGUAUAUAUAUAUUGAUCAGUAUUCAAUGUCUGUGGGUCAAAUUUGAUUUAAAAAAAAUCCAUACAAAUUCUUCCAAUUAUCUAUAAAAUCUAGAAUCAUAUUUUACCUUUGAUGAUAUUGGUCUCGCACUGAAGAGUUUUGCAAAUUUUCUCGUGAUAUCCAAUGCAUUAUAUCCUUUGAAAUAGUUAUGAUGAUGUAAUAAAGACAUUUUAGCAUAACAAACAAACUUGAAGCUCAGAAAUAUAGAUUAAUUUAAAAGAAUUUCUUUAAACUUAAAAUCUUCCAUGAGAAACCAUUCUAGAUUUAAAGGAAAUUUCCGUUACUUAGAUUUUGGUGCAAUUACGUUUCCAAUGGAAAAUUUUCAGUUUAGGAAUUUUAUUUAGUUAAUGAAUGUUAUUGAUGGAAUUGCUGUCAGAUCAUUUGAUGGGAAUAGUUGCAAGUAUUAUGAGAUUGAUGUUUGAGAAUGAUAUGUGUUUUCAUGAAUAGAGCCUCACCUCUAUAUGGGUAGGAGGAGACGUAGCCUUAUUUUAGCAUUUUUCAAACUGUAUGCAUUUGGCUAAAUUAUGAAUUUGCUAAUGGUUCAAUUUAUAAUUGAAUCUUGCUUAUGACAAGCAUUUUCCCAUUUUACUUAAAAAAUUAUUUAACCAACCCAUAACGUAAAGUAAAAAAAAAAUGCUGUCUGUUUGUAACAUCACUUUUGACUGGCGUAAGAAUUUCGGAGAGAAAGAGUCCAUCAAUGAAAAUGAAUUUCCACAGGGAUUGUAAAAAAAUUAAAUUAUAAGUAGAGAAGUAAUAUGAGGUGUACCAAUUCAUAUUUACGCUUAAUCAGUGUAAUUUUGAAAAUAUGCUAAAAUUUGAGUGUAUCAAAAUUAGAGUUCAUGAUACAUAUAUAUAUAUAUAUUUAUAAAUAUGAGGUAAUUGUACUACAAGUACGGUAAACAAUAAUCAGUUAUUAAUAGCACACAAGCAUCCUUAAUCUCCAUAUUGAUAAAUAUGGAAUGUUGAAAUAUCUUAAUUUGUUGAUAAUUUGUUUAAAAUUAAUUUAUUGACGAAUGAUAGGUUUUUUGUUGGAAGUUUCAAUAAAUGACCUUGGUAUUGUUAUAUGUUGUAAAAAAAUAAUAAACGAAAAAAUUCACAAA